AUGCAUUUGAAGUAUGGAGGUAUAGUCUUGAUCCAUCUUGCGGUGACAGGACUAUGUUGGCCGUACGAUGAAUCUCUUACUCCCUACAAUCUGAACGAGAACAAAAAAGCAACCAAUCCUGUCGAAUAUUGGGGUGAAUGGCCCAAUCAUACAUACUUCCCAUCGCCGGAUAACUGGCGUUUUCCGAUAUACACUCUGUUUCUGGACCGAUUCGUUAAUGGGGAUCCAACAAACGACAACAGCAACGGUACACUCUUUGAGCAUGACUUGAAUUCCAAUCAGAUGCGUCACGGUGGUGACGUGGUUGGUUUGGUAGAUACCUUGGAUUAUUUGCAAGGAAUGGGAAUCAAGGGAAUUUACCUCGCCGGCUUAGUCUUGAUGAAUCAACCAUGGGGCUCUGAUGGCUAUUCAGCCCUCGAUACUACCCUACUCGACCAGCACUUUGGCACAAUUCAGACCUGGAGAGAUGCGAUCACAGAGAUUCACAAUCGAGGGAUGUAUGUGAUUUUUGAUAAUACCAUUGCUACUAUGGGAGACCUGAUCGGGUUUGAAGGGUAUCUCAACACGACCACUCCGUUCACCCCGAAGGAGCACAAAGCACAGUGGAAAUCAGAUCGCCGCUAUGUUGAUUUUCAUUUUGGCAACAAUUACAACCAAACCUGUGAAUAUCCUCGCUUCUGGAAUGAGACCGGUUUUCCUGUGGAAGGAUACGUUCAAGAAGAGUUGAAGGGGUGCUAUAACAGCGAUUUCGAUCAAUACGGUGAUAUUGAAGCUUUUGGGGUUUACCCCGACUGGCAACGUGAACUAGCAAAAUUUGCUUCUGUCCAAGACCGUCUUCGAGAAUGGGUACCAAGCGUCAGGGAACGUCUCAUCCGGCACUCAUGUAUCAUUAUUUCCUCUCUCGACAUUGAUGGGUUUCGAUACGACAAAGCUACACAGGCCACAGUCGAUGCGCUAGGUGAUAUUUCAAGGGCCUAUAGAGAAUGUGCGCGACGAGUUGGCAAGACCAACUUUUUCUUACCUGGAGAAAUAACCGUCGGAAACAACCUCGGCUCCGUCUUUCUUGGUCGUGGCCGUCAGCCUGAUAUGCUUCCAAGGACGCUGGAUGAUGCAUUUCAUUUGACAAACUCGUCGGACUCAACCUUCUUCAUUCGUGGUGAGAAUCAACAAGCUAUUGAUGGCGCUGCAUUUCAUUAUUCAAUUUACCGAUCUCUCACUCGAUUUUUGGGCAUGGAUGGAAACCUGGCAGCUGGCUACGAUAUCCCAGUCAACUGGACUGAAGCGUGGUACGAGAUGGUCCUUACUAAUGACCUUAUCAACGCAAAUACUGGAAAGUUUGAUCCGCGUCAUCUGUAUGGUGUGACAAAUCAAGACGUCUUCCGCUGGCCGACUGUUGAGAUGGGUAUUGAGAGACAUCUCCUCGGUCUUUUCAUCACAACGCUGCAUUUGCCUGGAAUACCAUUACUGCUCUGGGGGGAAGAGCAAGCAUUCUACAUUCUUGAUGCGACAGCUUCAAACUAUAUUUACGGUCGGCAAGCCAUGUCCCCAGCGACGGCAUGGAAGACUCAUGGUUGCUUUGAGCUGAUUUCAGAACAAUAUUUCAACUGGCCCAUCAAAUCGGGGCGAUUAGGAUGUCAUGAUGAGACCGCCACGUAUGAUCAUCGCGAUCCUUCCCAUUUCAUGAGAAAUAUUAUCAAGCACAUGUAUCAAAUGAGAGAGGACUACCCUGCACUCAAUGAUGGCUGGUGGAUACAGUUGCUUUCAAACCAGACGCACAAUAUCUACUACCCGGGCUCGAACGGUUUACCGACUGAGACAGGGAUGUGGUCUGUCCUACGUAGUCCAUACUAUCAAGGACAAGAUCUUGGAGAAUCUGGAAAUCAAACCAUCUGGUUUAUCUAUCAAAAUGAUAACAAGACUGUGACUUACGACUUCGACUGCUCCAACCCAAACGCAGCCCUCGUUGCUCCGUUCGACACGAAUACGACUGUCAAGAAUCUAUUCUAUCCACACGACGAACUGACUCUCAAAGACAGUGCAAUAAAGCUGCAUCUGAAUGGAUCAGAGGAGGCAAAUGGCUGUCUUGAUAGCAUAACGCUUCGACCCUAUGAGUUUAGGGCCUACGUUCCGAAAGAGAAGUUUGUAUCUCCCCGUCCAAUGAUCACAAAAUUCACUCCUGGGCAUGAUGUUCCCGUGCUUUCCAGGGUUGCACCUGGGCAGCACGAGACCCUUGAUAUUGGCUUGUUCUUCUCAACUGAGAUGAACUGCACGAUAGUUUCACAAGCAAUCUCUCUCGAGUCAUCAACCGAAACAGGGGCUAUUCCGUCCAUUGACUUGAGCACUGUCGAUUGUGGAGCUAUCGUGAAUGACAAAGUAUCAUACUCUGGCCAGAUUCCAGCAACUUGGGCAUGGACAGCCACUCUGACAGGCGUUGAAAAUGGAAUUCAUCGACUCACAGUUCGGAACGCGACAAGCAUCGAUGGCCGCACUACCAAUGCCAUAGACCACUUUUUGAUUCGAAUCGGUCAACAUGACAACCCGAUGAUCUUCACUUCUGCCAAUUAUUCGACGAGUCUCCUUCAUGAACGGAAAGACGGUUCUCUCUAUGUUCAGCAGCAUGCAGCUGGAGCAGAUAUGUAUCGGUACUCGACCAAUUGGGGAAGUUCAUUCAGCAAAUGGCUUCCCUAUCAUGGAGGAAACCAGUCUGUCAAGGAACAGCAUUGGUCGGGGAUGAAGAAGCAGAGAUGGAAAGGGAAACACAUCCGGGUCGAAUACUGGAGCCGCCUUACGGGAAGUAGUGACUAUUUCCAAGAGGGCGAUGGUCCUGAUUGGAACUCUCAUGUUCCUCGUCGAUUCCCUCAUAUGUUCUUCAAUGGUCCCUUCAACGAAUAUGGGUACGAUGCUGGUCUCGCGAAUGUAGUGAAACAGGAUAGCGAUGGUCUUUGGAAAUUCCGUUUCAUGGCAGAGUGGCCAGCUCAGGGCCAACUCAAUGUUUGGGGCAUCAAUCCUGACGGCAAACCUGAUCAGAGCUACCUUCUUGGGGAUGCUGAUGGCGACUCGGUUCUCGAUCGUCUACCACCCUCUUCUCGUACCGCGACGACGAUCAACAUUACUGAACAUCCACCCGACCCACACUUGGCCUGGAGAAUCCAUAUUGACGAUGCAACGUUACGAUUUAAAUUGGUUCCUUCAGGCUCAAAAUACGUACAAAUGGCUCUCUUCUUCUUGCUCUGCAUUGUCCCGGUGAUCACAGCUACAACUUGCGCCUACAUAUUCAAGAAGACAUUUUACCGGAUAAAGUUCAACCAGGUUGGUGUGAGCGAGAAGAAAACCCUCAUCUCUUUCGAUAUUCUCAAGAGAUUCAAGGCCGACAACCCUGGAAAUGGAGAGCCUCGAAGUCUGCUCGCACGACUGGCAAACAAGUCGAGGUUUCUUCAGAGUGCCUCUGCCUUCGGCAAUCGUACCUCACACAAGCGGAAGGUGCUCGUCGCAACCAUGGAGUACGACAUUGAUGACUGGGGGAUCAGAAUCAAAAUUGGUGGCUUGGGCGUCAUGGCUCAGCUCAUGAGCAAGCAACUUGGCCACCUAGAUCUUAUAUGGGUCAUACCAUGCGUCGGUGGGAUAGAGUACCCAAUAGACAAGCCCGCUGGAUCAAUGUCUGUCAUGAUUCUCGGAAACUCCUACGAAGUCAAGAUUCAGUACCAUGUUCUGAGGAAUAUUACCUAUGUUCUUCUCGAUGCGCCAGUAUUCCGUCAACAGUCUGCCAAGGAGCCUUAUCCAGCUCGAAUGGAUGAUCUCGACAGCGCGAUUUAUUAUUCGGCCUGGAAUCAGUGCAUUGCUCAGUCACUCAAGCGGUUCCCGGUCGAUUUAUACCACAUCAAUGACUAUCAUGGUGCAAUUGCGACUCUGUAUCAGUUACCCGAGACGAUCCCAAUCUGCCUUUCCCUUCACAAUGCAGAAUAUCAGGGCCUAUGGCCGAUGCGCACACAAAAGGAGAAGAGCGAGGUGUGCUCUGUCUUCAAUCUUGAUAUGGAGAUUGCCGCGCGCUACGUACAGUUCGGUGAGGUCUUUAAUCUACUCCAUGCUGGUGCGAGUUAUCUACGCCUUCAUCAACAAGGUUUUGGUGCUGUUGGAGUGUCCAAGAAAUAUGGCAAGAGAUCCUACGCACGCUAUCCUAUAUUCUGGGGCCUAAGGAAAGUUGGUAAUCUGCCAAACCCUGACCCCUCUGACACCGGAGAAUGGAAUAAAGAGUUGCCCAAGGAAAGUGAGAUUAGUGUUGAUGGCGGCUACGAAGUUCAACGGGCUGAAUUCAAGCGACAAGCACAGGAAUGGGCUGGUCUGCAACAGAUUCCUAAUGCAGAUCUCAUGGUGUUUGUUGGCAGAUGGUCCAUGCAGAAGGGUAUUGAUCUAAUUGCAGAUGUCAUGCCUGGUGUCCUCGAAUCUCGACCCAAUGUCCAGCUGCUUUGUGUGGGACCAGUCAUCGAUCUAUACGGUAAGUUUGCAGCCUUGAAGCUUGACCGCAUGAUGAAGCUCUACCCAGGCCGCGUGUUUUCAAAACCACAAUUCACGGUCUUGCCUCCAUUCAUCUUUUCGGGUGCAGAGUUUGCAUUGAUUCCUUCGCGCGACGAACCUUUCGGUCUCGUUGCCGUUGAAUUCGGUCGCAAAGGUGCUCUUGGUAUUGGUGCUCGAGUGGGUGGUCUCGGACAGAUGCCCGGAUGGUGGUAUACAGUUGAGUCAACGACAACUUCGCACCUUCUCAAACAGUUCAAGCUUGCGAUUGACAGUGCUUUGAGUUCCAAGCUUGAGACCAGAGCCAUGAUGCGUGCGAGGUCUGCUAAACAACGCUUCCCUGUCGCCCAAUGGAUUGAAGACCUGGAAAUUCUCCAAUCCACCGCGAUUCGGGUCCAUAAUAAGGAGCGAGCUAAGUCUCAGGCACAAUCAAAUGCUGCAGCCUCUUCAUAUAACGCUAUCUAUGGUAUGAUGACACCUCAAGCUGCUGCGUCUGGUAGAUCUGGUGCUUCAAGUGGUACUCUGACCCCGCCCCCACGGUCAUCAAGCCGCCCGGGAACGAUGGCUUCUUUGCAGCGAAGCUCUAUCGUCUACAGCCGUGACCCGAGUCCUGGGGAUGGAAGACCCAAGUCAGGUCUCAGUCGUCAUCUCUCCUUUGGUAUGAGUGUUGCUCCACGACCAGGUUCGGCUGCUUUUGAAAGUCGCGCACGCAGAGACCUUGGAAAAGGAAGUGUUAUGGAGGUAGAGGAAAUGCAAAAUGGAGGAUCACCAGACACUGAGGAUGAAAGUGAAGACGAAAUGAUGUCCACUUGCUAUGGGGACGAGGAAUAUCCCAUGGCAGGUGACUCUGCUGAAAGAGGACGCCGAAUGGAAAGUUCCUCCCAAGGCCCUUUUCUGUCUUCUGGAAUUCCCCUUACCAAGGAGAGCCUCUCAACACGGCAUUCAAGCCAGGGUUCCGUUCUCGGCCGACCCAUUGGUAGUCCGUCCAGCUCAACUGCGCCCAGUACAGUGGGAACUGAAGACACUCUUGUUCCUCCAUCAAGACCUUGGGCAGAGGCUGGAAACCGUCUCAGUAAUGCUUCGGUUUUAUCUGUGGACUCUGUCGUCGGAGACAAAAAGGACUAUAAGCUGCAAAAGGUCGACCCAUUCUUCACAGACAGUAAUGGAGAGUACUACAAAGUCUUCGAAAAGAAGCUGGAAGACCUGAGUGGCUCAAACUCGGACUCUCAACUCUGCAUCGAGCAGUUCCUUGAGAAAAGCGAGAAGAAAUGGUUUGACAGAUUCCGAGAUGCUCGUCUUGGCCGCAAUCAAUCUCCAAAUCAAUCUCCAGCGCCUUCAAUGCAAACUGGCAAAGGAGGAGGAAGCGGGUCUCCUCCAGGUUCUAUCACCAAUGAUGAUACAGCGUCUCAUGAGAGCGGCGGGCAAGAGAGAAAGGCAAACGACGAAUUCCUCCUUGGAGAUGACUAUGUGCCACCAACUGGGUUGAAGAAGUGGAUGCAGAUGCGUAUUGGCGACUGGCCCGUUUACUCAUUGUUCCUCGGUCUCGGCCAGAUCAUUGCUGCCAAUUCAUAUCAGAUUACCCUGCUGACAGGCGAAGUUGGCCAGAGUGAGGCAAAAUUGUAUGGGAUUGCAACGGUUUACUUGAUCACAUCUAUCCUGUGGUGGCUUUUCUUCCGGUUCUGCAAGUCUAUUCUGGUUCUCACGGUCCCUUGGUUCUUAUAUGGAACGGCAUUCCUGAUCAUUGGCCUUGCUCAUUUUGAGUCUAACUCCUUCACCCGGGGAUGGAUUCAAAAUAUCGGUAGUGGGAUCUACGCUGCCGCUUCAUCAAGUGGUUCAAUCUUUUUUGCACUCAACUUUGGCGACGAAAGCGGUGCACCGGUUAAGCAAUGGGUGUUCCGUGCCUGUUUGAUUCAGGGCACGCAGCAGGCCUAUGUGAUAGCUCUCUGGUACUGGGGCUCCACUUUGACGAAAGCUUCCAAUGCUGGGGUUUUGGGUGCUCAGGGCAGUAUCACGAACACGUGGCGAAUGACGGCUAUCUGUACACCGAUCACUGCUUUCCUUUGGGGAAUCGGUCUCCUGGUUUACUUCGGCUUGCCGAACUAUUACCGACAGACACCUGGCAAGGUCCCUUCAUUCUACAAAUCGGUCUUCAGGCGCAAAAUCGUGCUCUGGAACUGGGUUGUAGUCAUUCUCCAGAACUUCUUUUUGAGUGCUCCAUAUGGUCGAAAUUGGAAUUUCCUUUGGAUCUCCAACCAUGCCAAGCCCUGGCAGAUCCUGUGCCUUUGUGUCGCCUUCUUUGGAUUUGUUUGGAUAGCGAUCCUUUUGCUCCUUGCCUGGGUUUCCAAAUCACACAGCUGGAUUCUUCCUAUCGUGGCUUGUGGCCUUGGAGCUCCCCGAUGGGCACAGGUAUGGUGGGGAACAUCAGGGUCCGGUCUUUUCCUCCCAUGGGCGGGAAAUUAUGUCUCUGGGGCUUUGGUUUCGCGGGGUCUCUGGUUAUGGCUCGGUGUUAUGGAUGCCUUACAAGGCCUUGGAUUUGGCAUGAUCCUCUUGCAGACCCUCACGCGUAUGCAUAUCUGUUUCACGCUACUUGUAUCCCAGGUCAUCGGUUCUCUGGCGACCAUUUGUGCCAGAGCAUUUUCUCCAAAUAGGAUUGGACCAGGGCCUAUAUCACCAGAUAUCACGGCUGGAGCUGGCGCAUUGGGGAAUGCAUGGUUCUGGAUUGCCCUCAUCUUCCAAUUGAUGAUCUGUGGCGGUUUCCUGCUCUUCUUCCGCCGUGAGCAGCUUUCAAAACCGUAG